AUGGCUCGGAGGAUGGAGCCCUCUUCGUCAAGGAGCAUGGUGUCAUGGGCUAUCGAGGAGGAAGACACUGGAAAGGAGACUGGGCUCCUGCUGAUCGUGUGUCCCACAUGCAAGGGAGAGAGGGUAAUCGAGCUGAUAGUGAGGACAACAGAGAAUGGCAACCAGGGGCACAUGUUCUUCAAGUGUCCUAGAAAUGUGCCCAGGAUGGCUGGUAGAUGUAGGUUCUAUGAAUUCCAGAAAACAUACUUGAAGAAGCUGGUGGAGUUGAAGUUUGUUGUCAUUGAUCUUAAAGCUAGCCUGGGUGCAGAAUAA